AUGAGUAGAGAAAGGUCCAGGUCUCCUGACAGACGAUCCUAUCUGUUUGAAUUCAAAGAAAACCCAUUUACAGGGAAGCCUUAUUCGAAUAAAUAUCAUAGACUAGUAGAAGAAAGAAAGCAUCUUCCUGUAUGUGAAGCAUUGAACAAGCUUGAAAAUUUAUUAUCAGAGCAGCAAGUUAUAGUGAUCCAAGGAGAAACGGGAAGUGGGAAAACUACACAGAUACCUCAGUACAUUUUAUAUGAGGGAUAUGCAGGAGAUAAGAUGAUCGCAUGCACACAGCCUAGAAGAGUAGCUGCUAUGAGUGUAGCAAGAAGAGUGUCAGAAGAAAUGGAUGUAGAGCUAGGCCAAGAAGUAGGGUAUUCGGUGAGAUUUGAAGAAUGUUCAAGCAGCAAAACUAUUCUUAAAUAUUUAACUGAUGGCAUGCUAUUGAGGGAAGCUAUGGCUGAUCCGGUGCUAGACAAAUAUAGUGUCAUUAUAUUGGAUGAAGCUCAUGAAAGAACGCUGUCAACUGAUAUCUUACUUGGACUAUUAAAGUAUAUGCUGAGAAGGAGAGUAGAUUUAAAAUUGAUCAUUAUGAGUGCAACGAUUGAAGCAGAAAAAUUUCAGUCUUACUUUAGCAAUGCUCCACUUUUAAGUAUUCCUGGACGUCUGUUUCCUGUAGAAAUUUUAUACUCCCAAAGUUCAGAAGAAAAUUAUCCGGUCGCUGCUGUAAGAACUGUCAUACAAAUUCAUUCUUUUGAAGACCCCGGCGAUAUUUUGGUAUUUUUAACUGGAGAAGAAGAAAUAGAGCACGCUUGCAAGCUAAUCAGAAAAGAAGUUACAAAAUAUGGAGAAAGUUUAGGAAAACUCUCUGUAAUUCCAAUUUACUCAUCACUCCCUCCUGCUAUGCAGCAGAAAAUAUUUGAGCCUGCUCCUGGAUACAAUUCUAAAGGCAUCCCUGGGCGGAAAUGUAUUGUAGCCACUAAUAUUGCAGAAACUUCUCUCACAAUUGAUGGAAUUGUAUAUGUCAUUGAUGCAGGGCUAUCUAAGCAGAAGGUAAAAAAUAAAUCGUAUUAGCUUACAUAGGUUUAUAAUCCCAGACUUCGAGUCGAAAGCUUAUUAG